AUGAAUCAUUUGAGAACUUUGCAUAAUUUAUUCAGAAUAACAACGUCAAGAAAAUUUACAAAGCAAUUGGUAGAAUAUAAUUUAUUAAUAAAUAGCCGUUACAGCACCUGUCCAGCGGGUAUGAAAGUUACAAUUUGCGGCGCGGCUGGAAACACAGGUCAGCCAUUAGCGUUGCUACUUAAACAAUGCCCUUUGUUGGAUGAAAUAGCUUUGUACGAUAUACGUCCUACUUGUGGAUAUGGUAUGGAAUUAAGCCAUGUUGAUACUAAAUGCAAAAUCUCCUCGUUUUCCGGUCGACAUAUGUUGUGUGAUGCACUUAAGGGGGCGAAGGUUGUAGUGAUUGUCGCUCGCAAUGGAAACGACACAUUUGAAAAUAGUGCUCCAAUCUUAACAGAAAUAUCUCUUCAGAUUUGUAAUACUUGCCCCGAGGCUUUUACAAUAAUUGGUACUGAGCCAGUAGAAAGUAUGGUACCGUUAGUAAGCGAAAUACAGCGUCUGCGCACUGUUUAUAAUCCGCGCAAGUUGCUGGGUUGUGUAGAACUUAACUGUGUGCGCGCUAACACAGUGCUAGCGGAUUUCUUACGGGUACCGCCUGAAACUGUUCGCGUGCCCGUAAUUGGUGGUGCGACUCCGUAUACGAUGGUGCCUGUGCUCUCUGCCGCUCUACAUCCUGGCACUAUGACACAAGAACAGGUGGAAUGUGUAACAUCUUGUAUAAUGAGCGGUGAUGAAGCAGUAAGAGCAGCAAAAGGCUGCAAUAACGAAACAGCUUGUCUGGCGGGCGCCUACGCAGUUGCGCGAAAUACUAUCAACGUGGUUAAGGGUCUGCAAGGCGGUAAAGUGGUGCAGUGCGCAUACGUCGAUAGCCUGGGCACAUGUGCACCUGAUUGCCAGUUCUUUGCCAGUGAAGUAAAUCUCGGUUCGACGGGGAUAGAGAAAGUAUUAGGCGUUCCAGAGCUUAGUAAGUUUGAGAACUGCCUUUUAUGUAAUUGUCUUCCCUACGUCCGAAAUGAGAUUGCGCGAGCUGUGUGGUUGGUGUACACAAUGUGUCAGCAAUGUUCCUGCACAGCGCCCUGUAACUACCCAAGUCCAAAUAUGUGCUUUACACAACCUCCCGUGCCUUGCGUACCGCCAAACACUUGGACAUGCGACUAUCCUGAUGCCUGCCGCGAUGAAUAUUUAGCUUCGAUAUGUCGAGAUAUGACGUGCCGUUGCGGCGACAAAAUGGAUCUGCGUUGGAAACCGCGCGAGGUUGACUAUGGUGCGGCGCGUGCUGCCAAGCUCACGCAUCAAAUGCCGCGACUAGGGGACGCUUGUACACAAUGCCGUGUACCUAAAAGUGUACGAAUAGAACAAGAAAUACGUAACAGAAUUUGCAGGCCUAAUGCGUCCAACGUUUGA